AUGUCAACAGAAUCUGAUGAAGAUUGCAACUUCUACGAUGCUGCUGAAUAUUUACUGUCAGGUGGAGGUCAAGAUCAAGGAACUUCCAAACCCUUAUCCCAGGUAAACAAAGGCAAGGGUUCCUUUGGAGAACGGCAGGCAGCAAGGCGAAGUGGCCGCUGGAGUGAUGUCGCGGAGCUGUUAUCUAGUAAAAAAGUCGGUUAUCACUAUCCCUAUUUCAGUCUGACAGCUGAGCAAGACUUCCGAAUUCUGUGGAUUGAUCCGGGCCAAGACGAUGAGCCACUGCGGUGCAAACUGGUGCCUGCUCACCUACCAUCUGGCAGAGAUAUGGCUUCAAUUGACUACAAGGCCCUGUCUUACUGGUGGGGAGAGGAUACAGACGACAAACAAGAAUCCAUCGAAGUGAUCUUCCCUAUUAAAACUGUGUCCAACUUUAUUGGCAACUCAGCCGAUGAGAUCACAUUCAAAAUCGGAUCCAAUCUACUGGCGGCAUUGCAGCGCAUUCGCCAGCCAGACAAGGGAGUAUCCUGCUGGAUCGAUGCCAUUUGCAUCAAUCAGGAAGACAAAGAAGAAAGGUCAUAUCAAGUGUCUAGAAUGGACGAGAUUUAUAGCGCUGCCUCAGAAGUUGUCAUCUGGCUUGGGAAAGGGGCGAGCCACAAAGAAGAGGAAGAAACUUUCAAACAUUUGGAAAACAUGUUGAAUCUAAAAGCCCUCGACCAGAUGAUAGACCGCAAGAACGCUAAUGAAUACAUGAGAAAAUGGGCGCUCAUUGUGAAAAUGAUGAGAAAGGAGUGGUUCAGCCGCAGAUGGGUCAUCCAGGAACUCGCUCUCGCAAGGAAAGCAACGGUCUAUUUCGGUUCAGCCAAACUAGAUUGGCAACCGUUCGCACAAGCUGUUGCUUUAUUCGACAGAAUCAGGCAGGGACUACCAGGCGCCUACUUAGACAUCCGAGAUGUUCGUCGUCAGGGGGCCACUGUUCUCGUUGACCUCACUACCAAUCUUUUUCGGAAGUCGCAAGAUGGCAGAAUCUUGCAGAGAAGAUGGACACUUGAAGCACUUGUGUCGACUCUUCUGCCAUUCGAGUCGAAAGAUCCUCGAGACAUUAUCUUCGCGCUUCUCUCUAUAGCCAAGGACACCUAUCGACCCAACAACGCAACCAUGAAAGAUAGUGAUGUUAGGCUAAGCAAUCACAUGGGCGAUAUCUUCGAAGCACAGACCUAUCCUCGACUUCGGGAUCUCAAGCAGGAAGAGGCUGUUAAGGUUUUUGAUACAACAUCUAGAGUGGCGCUUGUCAACAGUGGGUCGUUACAGAUAAGUACCGUAGCGGAGGUGCUCGCAGAAGAGGAACCUCUCAUGUUUGAAGGGACACAAGCAGGGCCGUUGAGCGUCGAGGCGAGGGUAGAUGUCGACAAUAUUAGGGCUAGAGAACCCCGGUCUGGUUAUGGCACAAAGUAUGUGGGCCUCGGAGUCUCAAUGAAGACAAAUUAUUUGGACGAGCGUAUAUGGCCACUGUACGAGAAAACCAUUUUAGACGUUUACACCAACUUUAUCAGCUACUGCAUUUCCAGCUCCCACUCCUUGGACGUCCUCUGCCGGAAUUGGGUACCUCCGCAGAAAUAUUGGUCUCAAAGGGAGCGAUACGAAGAUUUAAAGAACGAUGUGUCUGGAGAACAUCGGGAAAAACUGCCGUCGUGGCUGCCAUCCAUUGAAAAGUCAUCCCAUGGCAACCUUACUAGCUUAGUUGGCAUUCCAAAUACCCAGAGCCGCUCUUACUAUUUCGCCUCGGCUGAUCUCCUACCGCAGGUCAAUUUCGGGUUAGGGGAGGGAGAAGGAGUCAAGUCGUCGGCGAUCCACCGCGACAGCGAAGUCUCCUCUUCGAAGUACAAUGGCAUCUUGUCGGUAAAAGGCAUCAAGGUGGGAACCAUUGAAAUAUGCACUCUUGAAGCUUUUGCAGGUAUGAUUCACGAGACCGCCUUCGAGAUGUUCGGAUGGAAUCGGGAUGAGAAGAAACUCAAGCAUUUCGAAGAGUUCUGGCGCACGCUUGUCGCCGACCGUGGUCCUGGAGGCAUCCCUGUUCCCGCCUGA